CUCAAAGGAGAGGGAAGCAAAUCAGUUCACAGCCGAGCCGGGCCGUGGCGGCGUACAUCGCAUUGCCCGACGCGUGCUGGCUUGCCGGCCAUCGUCCGCCGCAAGCGCACGGCGCAAAGGGCUGCCACCGUCAGGCUAGACAGCUUGAAACUUGGGGCAGCCCGUUCAUAGCAGCAGACGCUUGCCGCACGCGCGGAUAAAUCAAGGAGCGGGCCGCGCACACCCGGCGCAGAACGAGCGCAACGAUGCUGCGGCUCGUCGUCCUCGCCGCCUGCGCGGCGGCCGUGCGCGCCGCGUGCGACGCCGACGACAUCAAGGUGAAGAAGCCAGACCUCGGCGACAUUAUCUACGUGCGAGACGGCCCCGCGGACGACCCCGGCCCGGUCACCGUCAAGUGGGAGGUCACGAACGACGAUUGUGACUUCGCCACGGUCCAGCUCCAGCUCUGCCCGGGCACGGGCGACGACGACGACUGCGGCGACUUCAUCCUCGACCCGACGGACCAGACGGGGGGCAUCAACUACUUCUUCACGUGCAACGACGAGCAGUCCGAGGACGGCGAGUCCUGGGAGUGCGUCGGCAAGGCCGAGAUCGUCAUCGAGGACCUGUUGGACUGCGGGAGCCCGCCCUGCACGGGCCUGCACAAGUUCAAGGUCUGCUCGAUGGAGUCGGAGCCGGUCUGCGCCGACUCCGACGUCUUCACGUUACAAUUGCCGGGCGGCACGUGGUUUCCGAGCGCGUCGCCGACGCUUUCACCGACCUUGUCUCCAUAUCCUACGCCGGUGCCGUCGAUUUCCCCACGGCCGUCGCCGGAGCCGUCGCUCGUGCCCACGGCGGUCCCGUCGUCGAUGCCGUCGCCGCAGCCGUCGGUCUCGCCGCACCCGACGCCGGUGCCGUCGUCGCUACCGACGAGCGCGCCGACGCCCGAGCCGUCGCCCGCGCCGUCGCCGGCGCCGACGUCGGCCCCGACCUCGCGGCCGUCCCCCAUGCCGACGCCGCUGCCGUCGCCCGUGCCCACGGCGGCGCCGUCGCCCUCGCCGACGACGGCCGCGCCCUCGCCCGGGCCCACGUUCAUUCCGACGCCCAUGCCCUCGACGGCCCAGCCCUCUCCCUGGCCGACGCCCUACCCAUCGCCGGCGCCGACGCCCUGGCCCUCGCCGGCGCCCUCGCCCCUGCCGUCGCCCAUUCCCACGCCGAUGCCGACGACGGCGGCGCCCUCGCCCGUGCCCUCGCCGUACCCGACGCCGGAGCCGACGCCGUACCCGUCUGUGUGGAAAUCAACCAAUGCGUCGGGUGCACAAUUCUUCACGAAGUCAUUUCUCGGCGAUGACGCUGCCGUGCUGGCUCCGUCGAGCGGUGAGGAACCUGCAUCGCCACGCCAUCGAGCAGGCGUCGCGUCGAUGGCGUGGAGGUCGACGCGAAGAUUCAGCACGGACGUGUCGUAACAUUUUGAUUUCCACACAGGUACCCGUCGCCGGCGCCCUCGCCCCUGCCGUCGCCCAUUCCCACGCCGAUGCCGACGACGGCGGCGCCCUCGCCCGUGCCCUCGCCGUACCCGACGCCGGAGCCGACGCCGUACCCGUCUGUGUGGAAAUCAACCAAUCACGCCAUCGAGCAGGCGUCGCGUCGAUGACGUGGAGGUCGACGCGAAGAUUCAGCACGGACGUGUCGUAACAUUUUGAUUUCCGCACAGGUACCCGUCGCCGGCGCCCUCGCCCCUGCCGUCGCCCAUUCCCACGCCGGUGCCGACGACGGCCGUGCCCUCGCCCGUGCCCUCGCCGUACCCGACGCCGGAGCCGACGCCGGCGCCGACGCAAGCCCCGUCGCCCGCGCCCUCGGAGCUGCCGACGCCGGUGCCGACGACGGCCGUGCCCUCGCCGGGGCCCUCUCCUCUACCGACGCCCGUGCCCACGACCGCCGUGCCCUCGCCGGCGCCCUCGGAGAUGCCGACGCCCGGGCCGACGCGGAUGCCGUCGCCCGAGCCCUCCGGGGUGCCGACGUCGAAGCCGUCGGGCAUCCCGACGCCCGGCCCGACGCCCCGCCCGACGCCGAAACCGUCCCCGAGCCCGACGAUGGUGCCGGCGCCCGAGCCCACGAAGCCGCCGUCGGGCACGCCGACGUCGAUGCCGACGGUCACGCCCGGCAGCCCGUCGCGGGCCCCCAUCUUCCGGCCCACGCCCGUGCCGACGACGCCGCCCUCGCCGGUCCCGACGCCGAAGCCCACGCCGGCGCCCUCGUUCGGGCCCACGCCGGAGCCGACGACGGCGGUCCCGUCGCCGGUGCCGACGACGGCCGUGCCCUCGCCGGGGCCGACGCCCGGCCCGACGCUGAUGCCGGUGCCGGCCCCAUCCUUACCCCCGACGCCUGCGCCGACCACGGCCGUGCCGACGUCGACGCCGACAUUUCACCCGACGACUGCGGCGCCGACGCCCGUGCCGACGACCGCGGUGCCGUCUUUCGAGCCGACGCAGCUGCCGUCUAUGAUCCCGACCCCCGCGCCGACCACGGCCAUUCCGACGUGGACGCCGCAGCCGUCGCUGAGUCCGCAGCCGACGACGGCUGUGCCCUCACCGGCGCCCUCUUUCGAGCCGACGUCGCUGCCGUCCACACCGCCGUCGCCGAUGCCUACCACGGCCGUGCCGACGUGGUCGCCGGCGCCGUCGGUGAGUCCCGUGCCCACGACCGCCGUGCCCUCGCCGCGGCCGUCGUUCGAACCGACGUCCGCGCCGACGAGCCAACCGACGGGCCUGCCGACGCCGCGGCCGUCGACCGCCGUGCCGUCUGCGGUGCCGACGACCGUGCCGUCGCCCGUGCCGACGGCCCUGCCGUACCGCGUCGAGGGCGACCUCACGUUCGGGGGCAUCACAGUGGAGGCCGCGCAAGCCGCCGAGCAGGUGUUCAUUCACAUCGUGGCCGCGAUGACGAACACCUCGGUCUUGGUUUAUGACGAAGGCCUUGAGAAUGAGCGACCGCGGUCGCCCACGGUCGACAUCCGGGCCGCGCCUGCGGUGCGGCGUUUAUUGAGGCGCCGCCUCGAGGCGGGCGACGUCCUGGUCGAGUACAUGGUCGAGGUCGCGUCGGAGGACGAGGCGGAUGAUGUGGUCGCACUCAUCAAGGACCCGGGGGCGACCGCCAAACUCGAAGCGCUGGUGGCAAACCCGCCCGCUGUGGAGGGGGUGGACGACACUGCGGUCAAGGCAAUUACGACCUCUACGGUCGGCACCAACGUCACCGCCCUCGUGGAUCCGGCCUGGAGGCGCGCCGACCGCGCCGAGGUCCCCGAGGACCUCGUCGCGCCCGCGGCGGGGAAGCGCGACAAGGUCGGCGGGUCGUCGGCGGGCCUCGUCUUCGUGCUCUGCUUCGUCCUCGUCCUCCUCUCGGUCUGCCUCUACUUCGCGUGGCCCAAGAUCUGCCGCGAGGACGAGGAGGAGAUUUGUGAAGAGGCGAACGGCGAGGAGCUCAAACUGAAACACGCGCUCCAGGACGCCGACGACGAGAUCCUCGAGGCGGGCGAGUCGCACGCGCUCCACGCGAAGCUCGAGAAGAAACCUGUCAAGAAGAAGCCGCCCAAGACGGUCAAGACGCGCGUGCCGCCGGGGACGGCGCCCGGCACGACGCUCGAGGCGACGCUGUCGGACGGGCGCAAGGCCCACAUCGCCGUGCCGCUCGACGCCAAGGCCGGCGACGCGUUGACAGUGGAGGUGCCCGAGCCCGAGGAAGUACAGCCGGAGCCGCCUUUACCGUGCCUCGUGACGCCGGAGCCGCCGCCGCCGGACGUAGACCACGUGGCGGUCGAGAUCCCGGCGGGCGCCGAACCGGGGUCCGUCGUCGAGGUGGCGCAUGCUGACGGGCGGACGGUCGACGUCGUCGUGCCCGACGACGCGCGGCCGGGCGAGACGCUCUUCGUGCCCGUCGACAAGAAGGCGCCGCCUCCACAAAUCGCGGAGAAGGCCGACGAGAAGGAGCAGGCCGCCGAGGUGGACAAGAUGCUCGACGAAGGCCAGGACGAGGAUAUAGAGCACCGCGAGCUCACGGUGCCGGCUGGCGCCAGGGGCGGGGACCGGGUGCAGGUGGCGCAUCCCGACGGCGGCGCGAUGGACGUGGUCCUGCCGCACGACGCGACGCCCGGCGAGACGCUGCUCGUGCCCGUGCCGGCCGCGGCCGCGCCGCCGCCGGCGCCGGCCCCGUCACUCGCUGCUCUCGACGAGGACGACGCCGCCGUCAACGAAGCUCUACUCGCGGCCAAGGUCCAGGCGCGGCCCUCGUCGCCGACGCCGGCCCUGCAGGUCGACGCGACCGUGCCGGCGUCGCCGCCGCGCCCGACCGCUCCAGAAAAACGGACGCCGCCGCCGUCGCCGUCGGUCGCCGAGCGCGCCGCAGCUUUACAAGCCAACAGCGCCUACCCGGGCGGGGCGUCGCUGCCGCCGUCGCCCUACCCCGAGACCAAGAGCGCCGCGGAGCCCAAGGGCGCGCCGGAGGAGAAGAGCACGGCGCCGCCGGCGCCGGCCGGCGCGCCGGAGAGCAAGUCCGUCGCGCCCGCGGCCGCAUCAUCAAAGGCCGCUCCCGUGGCGAAGGCCGCGCCAGCGAAAUCGGCCGCCAAGGCGACGCCCAAGCCCAAGCCCAAGGCCGUCUCGGCGCUCAAGCAGGGCGUCAAGGGCGCGUCGUCGCCCGCGCUCCAGGAGCGGCUGAGCAAGCUCAAGGCGGCGGGCACGCCCGCGGCCGCCCCCGCGGCCAAGAAGACGAGCCUCCAGACGAAGCUCUCGGCGCUCGGUGCGGCCGGUGCGUCGAGCGCCGGCGCGGCGGCGGCGAGCAAGGCCGCCGCGCCGAAAGCCAAACCGAAAGCCAAACCGGCGAGCAAAGCGCCUGCGGCCGCGCCGGAGCGCAAGACCACGGCCCCGGCCGGCGCGCCGGAGAGCAAGGCCACCGCGCCCGCGGCGAAGGCGAAGGCGACGCCCGCCCCCAAGCCCAAGGCCGUCUCGGCGCUCAAGCAGGGCGGCGCCGCGGGGGCGUCGUCGUCGCCCGCGCUCCAGGAGCGGCUACAGAAGCUCAAAAAGGCCGGCGCCCCCGCGGCGGAAGGCGAGGCCCCGGCCAAGAAGGCGCCGGAUCCGCUCCAGGAGCGGCUCAAGAAGCUCGAGGCGACCGGCGCCAAGGGCAAGGGGCUCAGAAAGACAGCGCCGCCGGCGAAGGCCGCCGCGCCGGCGCCCGCGGCCGCCCCCGACCUCGAGCAUCCCGAUUGGCUCAAAAAGCUCGGCUCCGAAGGCGAGCUUUUUCAUCAAACA